GAAAAAACUUUCCUCUUCUUCUCUUUCUGUGGAACUCUGUUGCCACAACUACAAACAAUAAUCCCAUUCAUAUUUCUUCACAGAUCUCCUUCAGCUCUCUGCUUCCAUUCUUCAAAUCUUCAAUCUCCUUCACAGGUUUCAGUUUGAUUUCACAUUUCCAUGGCAAAUGCCUGGAAAAAAGACAAACCCCACAAACUACUUUCCCCUGUUCCACUCUUCUUUCUCUUUUCUUUCUCUAUCCUCAUCAUCUUCUUCUUCCUCUUCAACAACUCCAGCUCUUCACAUCAAUCCACUCCUAGUUUCACAAUCAAACCCCAUUUCCCAUUUCGAUCAAUUUCCCCUUUCGACUGCUUCAAAUGCCCUCAAUCCUACCCUGUGAUUGCCAACGUUGUGGAAGGAGUUCGAUACCCGUUUCUGUUCUCGAUUGCAGAUUUGGGAAAUUUGCCUGAUAAACCCCAUAAGAACAUUGUUCGGAUGCUUAAAGGAAAACCCUUUCGGAAGCCGGACAUUUCAGUCACGAUUCAAGAGGUUUUGGAGAAGAUGAAGGGUGAUUCCGGUAAUGGGUUUGUUGUUGAUGUGGGUGCUAAUGUGGGAAUGGCGAGUUUUGCUGCUGCUGCGAUGGGGUUUCGUGUUCUGGCAUUUGAGCCAGUUUUUGAAAAUUUGCAGAGAAUUUGUGAUGGGAUUUAUCUGAAUAGGGUUGGGGAAUUGGUGAAUGUGUUUGAGGCUGCUGCAUCUGACAGGCUUGGGAAUAUCACUGUUCAUAAGUUGGUUGGUCGGCUUGACAACAGUGCAGUUUCAGCAACUGGUGCAAAGCUGGCAUUCAAAUCGAAUGAAGAAAUAGCAGUACAAGUGAAGUCAAUUCCACUAGAUGAAGUAAUCCCGGAUUCAGAACGAGUGCUUCUAAUAAAGAUCGAUGUUCAAGGAUGGGAAUAUCAUGUGCUAAAAGGGGCAAAGGGAAUUUUGUCAAGGAAGGGCACUGAAGCUCCAUAUCUCAUCUAUGAGGAAGAUGAAAAGCUGUUGAAGGCUAGUAAUAGUAGUUCAAGGGAGAUCAGAGAAUUCCUUCAUUCUGUAGGUUACCACCAUUGCACUCAACACGGUACAGAUGCACAUUGCACAAAGACUGGUUGAAAUUCUUUUGCAAUGCAUGCUCAAAGAACAACAAACAUGCACUCAAGAUCAUUUCUCAUGAAGAAAAUAUGAGGCGCGUUGUUUGCCUUCUCAUCUGACAAUCAAACAUUGUAUGAGAACCGUCUUGCUAAAGAGCCAUUUUCAUCUCAACUGCUUAGAUGAAGCAUGUAGCAGGCAUUUUUUUUGUAUAUGGAUCGAGUUAUUGUAUGCGGAAGAAGCUGCAAUUGGGACCUGCAUUUUGAAGUGAUAAUCGGGUUUGAUGAAUCAAACUGUUUCAAACUUUCUUUCGCCUCACAUUCAAUGUUUCUAGUUCCUGAUUAGCUUCUUCAGUUUGUUGUUAGUUGUUAGUUGAUCUUGUUGUAGAUGGUAACUUCCAUUUUAUCACUAGAUUAAGAAAAA